AGCUGGAGCUGGUGCAGAACGCCGUCUUCACCGACCCCACUGACCAGAGUGCCUGGGUCUACCUGUGCUGCAUCCUCUCCCGAGCCACCCCCCCGCCGAGGAUCAUCUGUGUGUACGUCAACCGAGAGGACACCACAUUGGUCGUCGUCUUCUCCCGCCCUGUCGUGGUGAGCCCGGAUGGCCCGGACCUGACGGCGACCCUGGAUGGCUCCACCCUGGAAGGGGCGUGGCGCUCAGGGGAAGGGCGGCCACGCCUCAGCCACACCUGGGUAUCAAAGUUUCUGGACCUGCCCUGCCCCGCAGAGGCCCCGCCCACCGAGCGGCCACGCCUCCAGCUGGGCGUCACCUGGGAGCCCGACUCCGCCCACCACCAGGUGACGCUGCUGCCAGACGAGGCCGAGGCUUGGUGGCAGAAGCCAAUCGUGGCCCGGGAGCUGUUUUGGCCCGAGGUGGGCAUGGCCAACCCCCAGGUGCUGUGGGAACAGGUGGAGACCUGCCGGGAACUGCUGGAAUUGGAGCCGCAGAGCCGAGGCUGCCUCCUCACCCUAUAGCUGCUGCUGUCGGCGCUGGACCCCGUUGGUCACGCCCACGAGGCCCGGAGGCACCUGGAGAGCCUGAAGGUGGGUGUGGCUUUGGGGGUGGGCGUGGCCACCCCGGAGGCUGACCCACUGCGAUUGGGCUUCGCAGCCGACGCGGCCUCGCGAUUGGAGGCGGCGCUGGGGGUGCUGGGAUUGGGGGCGGGGCCGGGGCCGGUGUGGGUCCGCCUCCCCGAGAAGGACGCAUUGGGAGUGAUUUUUGGGGUUACUGGUUUAUACUGCUUUCUACUGUGA